AUGCAAUGGUAUUCGUUCAUCCUCGAAAGGACACAGCAACAACAGCUCAGAAAUUGGUAUAUCCGAGCGGCUAUACUCUUUAAAUAUUCAAACGAACACGACGCUUGCACUCGCAGAGGACGGAACUUUUUCUCGCAGUCACUGCUUCGUCCUCUGGGUUCGGCACCCAAAAGAGACCCAACCCGCCUAGGCGCUCGCCUAGCCACCGCCCAGCUGUCUAGCGCCGGCCUAGCCACAGCCUAG